AUGAGUCACUUUGUGACGGGAGUGUUGGAGGACUUGCAAGAGGAGUGUCACUCAGUCAUGCUACAUGAAAACAUGAACAUUUCCCGUCUUAUGGUGAAUGCUAGAAGGGUGGAGGAGUCAAGGUCUAAGACGACGAGUAGAGAUGCUAAGAGGGUAAUAUCAUUUGAUUGUGGUGCUAUAAAUAAUAUGCUUGAGAUCCAAUACAAGCCUAGAUUUAAGAAAACGUUCUCUAAUCAUGUUCCAUCCAAAUUUCCUAAGGCUCGUGAUGAUAAGGUGUCUAAGCCUAUAGCCCCAAAGGGAAGAAGUGGGAAAUCUCCAAAUGAGAAGACUACAUGUGCCAAAUGUGGAAAGGGUCAUCAUGGUGAGUGCUUGGUAGGAAGAAGAAAUGGCUUUGGUUGUGGCAAGAAUGGUCACAAGGUGACGGAUUGUCGAAAUUUGAAGGGGCAGUAA